CUGUAAUUGCCCCUGUACCUUCACAUCUUACACAUUAAACGAUCCACAUUCAAGCUUCCGCUCAUCCUACAUCUUCCAGCAGAAAAGAAGCAGUUUCAGAAUGGCUUCGAACUCGCGUGUUUUUCCUUGCAAUACUUGCUCUAUUACUUUUGAGACCAGCGAGCUCCAGCGUUCGCACAUGCGACAGCCUUGGCAUAUAUCUAAUCUAAGACGUCGGGUAGCUAAACUGCCAGCAUUAUCAGAAGAACAGUAUGACACACAAGUCAAGAGCCAGGAAAUCAUCCAUCGACGGAAGGACAGCGAUGAGCAAGGGAAAAAGCAAAUCUCCUCAUACGACACCGAAGUCGAAUCCGAUUCCAUUUCACAAGACAUACCUGAUGCAGAACAUGAAAUCUCUGAGAAAGUUCCCCCAACACAAUGUCUUUUCUGCAAUUUGGACUCCCCGACUCUUGACGCGAAUAUAAACCACAUGUCAUCCCUCCACGGCCUUUUUAUUCCUUCACCAAACCAAGUAUCAGACAUGGAAUCUUUCCUUGGAUACCUCGCAACCAUUAUAUUCGAAUAUAAUGAAUGUCUAUAUUGCAGUCUAGCGAAAGGCACUGUGGACGGGGUGCAGACACAUAUGCGAGAUAAAGGCCACUGCAUGAUCAAGAUGAACGCAGAAUCCGAGCUUCUUGACUUUUGGGAGCUUUCAGAUAGCGGACAUGAAGAGCGCACGAAGAGUAUUGGGAUCAAGCUAUCUGAUACAGAAAUGAGGCUUCCUUCUGGGGUUGUGAUCAAUUCUCGCUCUGAUACCACUCAGCUUCGUGCUCAGCCGGGACUUGCACAAUCGAGGGCUAGAGGCUCGCAAAAUAAAAUCAAGAGAGAUGAGAUGAGAGCUAUUACAGCAGGAAAAAAUCAAGACACGACAGAUGAAAAACAAAGCAGAUCCUCACGCAGCAACGACCGCCGUGUUGCUGUUCGUGGUGAAAUGGGGUUGACUGGCAUUCCGGAAAGCCAAAGGCGUACUUUGCAGAUUACCGAGAAGAAGAUGAAGAGGAGGGAAGCGGUUGCUAAAGCUGCACAGCGAUACGCUGCGGAGCAGGAGCCAGUUAAGACAAAGUAUUACAAGACAGAAGCUCCUAUAUAUCAGGCUGGAUAAUCAAGCUCAAGGUCUUUUAUAUACUCAACCGUUUUCAUUUUCGACGGGAACUGGAUGUGGUCCUGGACGAGGGCAUGUUGGGCAAAGGAUGUUUCAGCGGCAUUGGCGAGUUAUAUAAUCAUUCUCCCUGGUCGCGAUAAGCUUUCUUCAGUGGACCAAAAACUGUAACAUCACAGGGCUGAAGCUUAUGAGAGGCAUGGGAGGGGAGCCGGCAUAAAAUAAUGUUGUUUUCGAAGCAGAACUCCAAGAUUUUGAGGGUCUCAUGUGUCCUGAAGCCGUCACAUACUAGCAUGCGUGGUUUCAGUUUAGCGCGGGCCUCAGUUUGGGGAAGGUUGAAUACUUGCUUCAUCUAUUCUAAGCUGAUGUAGGAGUCACUAGGUCUUGGCACGGUCCGCGC